AUUUCCUUAUGUCAUCACCUAUCCAUUCCUUCUAUUACUCCGUAUUCUAUUUCCUCUCUAAAUUUCAUUCCAUUCCAUUCCAUUCCAUUCAAAUUCUGUAAUCUGCCGCUGUAAGUCCUUACGAUUGCAUUCUUCUUCGGUCGCUGCAUCGCAUCUGCAACUGUAUUCUUUACUUUAGGGAAUGGUGGUAGCCACGGCUCUCUCACCAAUGAAGCAUCACCGCCACAAGAUCCCCCGGCGCCAUCGUUAGAUGCAAGGUUAUGAUCAGUCCCCGUACGACAGAGAAGAAAUUGGGGCUUAUUUCCUUCCGCAGAUACUGCACUCCCGUGCAACGCACGGGUGGAAUAACUAGUUGGCGUAAUACGGAGUAAUUAAAUAAGCUCUCUCCCAAUUUGAAGAAUCAGAUCCAUAAUGGACGAGCAGCAGAGGGCACACCUCCUUCAAUCAGCUGCUCAGUUUCCGCCUCCUGAAGGGGUGAAGCUGUCAUAUGGCACAUCAGGGUUCAGAGCUGAUGCGUCAGUGCUUGAAUCAACAGUCUUCCGGGUGGGGAUUCUGGCUGCACUGAGGUCGCUCAAGACUGGUUCAGUGAUUGGUCUUAUGAUCACUGCGUCUCACAAUAUCGUUUCAGAUAAUGGAGUCAAAAUUGCUGACCCGUCUGGCGGAAUGCUGACUCAAGAAUGGGAGCCCUUUGCUGACCAGCUUGCCAAUUCCCCAAAUCCUAGUUCUGUUCUAGAGUUAAUAGUUAAUUUUGUGAAGAAAGAACACAUUACACUCGAUAGAAAAAAAUCACCAGUGGUUUUAUUGGGGAGAGACACCAGGCCUAGUGGAGAGAAACUCAUUGCAGCUGCAAAGAAAGGAGUUGCAUCAAUUGUGGGAGCCGUUGCCAUUGAUGUUGGAGUGGUGACAACCCCACAACUUCACUGGAUGGUCCGUGCAAAAAACAAAGGCUUGGAAGCAUCUGAGUGUAGUUACUUUGAUCAACUUGCAUCCUCUUUCAGGUGUUUGAUGAGUUUGACACCCCAAAGAGGACGAAGCAAUGCUUGGAAUGAAAAAGUUAUAGUGGACGGUUCAGAUGGCGUGGGUGGAGAAAAGCUUGAAGAAUUGAAGAAAUUGUUGACUGGGAUCACCAUUGAAGUUCGUAAUCGUGGUGAUGGUGUUCUUAAUGAUGGCGUUGGUGCUGAUUUUGUGCAAAAAGAGAAGACCGCGCCACGCAAUUUUGGUCAUACCAAUGUUGGUCUGCGGUGCGCAAGUCUGGAUGGUGAUGCUGACAGGAUCGUCUAUUUUUCAAUAAAAAAUGACAAUCUCAAAAUUGACCUUGUUGAUGGGGACAAAAUACUAUCCAUGUUCGCUAUAUUUAUCAAGGAGCAAAUAUGUAUUAUAAAUAAGAAUAUAGAUGGAAAAGAAAAUAAGUUUUGUGCCCCGAGGCUUGGGGUUGUUCAGACAGCAUAUGCAAAUGGGGCAUCAUCUGAUUACCUAAAGUCAAUGGGUCUAGAAGUAGUGCUUACACCAACAGGGGUGAAAUACUUGCAUGAGAAAGCUGCAGAGUUUGAUGUUGGCAUUUAUUUUGAGGCAAAUGGGCAUGGAACCAUUCUGUUUUCUGAAGCAUUCUUAUGCUGGUUGGAGGGCAGAAGUGAACUUUUGUCAACAUCUGAAGGUUCAGAAGAGAAAAGAGCUGCUUCAGUACUUUUGGCAAUUAGUAAGUUGAUGAAUCAAGCUGUAGGAGAUUCUUUAAGUGACUUGCUUUUGGUGGAGGCCAUCUUACAUCAUAUGGGAUGGUCUAUCAAUGAAUGGAAUGCACUUUAUGAGGACCUACCCAGCAGACAACUUAAGGUAAAAGUGGUUGACAGAACUGCAAUUGUGACGGCGAAUGCAGAGACGGUUGUUACUAAACCUAGUGGUAUUCAGGAAGCAAUAAAUGUUGAAAUCGCAAAAUAUCCACGGGGAAGAUGUUUUGUCAGACCAUCUGGAACAGAAGAUGUUGUGAGAGUAUAUGCCGAAGCAAGCAGCCAAGAAGGAGCGGACUCCCUAGCAAACUCGGUCGCCAAGCUCGUUGAACUCCAUCUUGGUUUUGGUCACUCCUAAAUCCAAACAAACCUGUCUUCUGCUCUCUUCUUCAGGUCCAUGGUGGUUUUCUACGUGCCUACAUUAAUUUUCAACAAAUCCAGAACUGUGAGAUGCAGUUCAACUCAGUGGGGAACAAGCUCUCCAAAUCCCUACUGCUCCACAAACUUGAAGCCAUAUAUAGCAUUUAACACCGGAAAUGGUUAAAUAUAAUGGCAGUGACUUGUCGAUGUGUAAACAAGCUCAGUGGUAGAUGUUGUCAGCUAUCUGACUCAUCUUGCUGAUGGUUUUUUUUAUCAUUAUGUAAGACAUUCACACAGAUUGUUGAUUUUUUUUACAAUUCAAAUAAGAUCAUUAUGUUUUGAAUUUUUGCCACAUUCAUCUUUUGCUGUUAUCUUGUUCCAUGCAGUAGUAGUAUGCUUGAGAAAAUGCAUGUG